AUGUUGGCGAUAGUCUCGGCAGACUUUAAUUUUAAGCGGACCUGCCUUCAAACUUUGUUAUGGACUGGUCUACUCUUUCAAUCAAGAUGUGACAAUGAAUGGACAGGUGGAAGCACUUCAGAACUGGGAAUACUAGGUCCACCCAUCGUCCACUUAACUAUCACGAUCACAACAACAAUAGCAUACAACCCUGCUGCAGCACCACCAGAUUCGAUGUAUUCGUUAUUAGGGUGCUACGGACGAGGGGCCGGGGCCGGGGCCGGGGCCGGAGCCGGCAACCGGGAAGGAAAUCUUUUCGGAAAAGAAGGGGACUAUGUAGUCCUCACUACGGUGCCUGAUGACCAGUUCACGAUACGGGCUUGCCUUGAAGGUUGUGACGAGUUGGACCCGCCAAAGAAGACUUCUGAUCAUUAUGGACUUGUUGGACUGAGUAAUGGAAGAGAGUGCUUCUGCGGAUUGAAACUUGUGGCAGAAGCUCGUAAACUUACUCUUGGGGAUUGCAACAUGCCUUGUACCGGCGAUUCAGGGCUAUCAUGUGGAGGAGCGGAUACGGUCGCCGUAUAUACUCUCAUUCUUGCUAGCGAGAGCGACAAGGUUACAAGUCAUGCCAAAACCCAGGAUAGCAGCCAGAGCGAUGAGAAAGGAGACGAGAGCGGGAACACCCCUACAGGAACUUCACUAUCUUCCACUGUCGAUACGAGUGCGGCUCUCAAAGCUACAGAUGGCCUAGAGCCUACAGGAACCGAAACCAUAGGAGAUUCACAGGAGACAUCAGGGAAGGCAAUCAUACCCUCGUCAUCACUUCUUCCAUCUUCAACGCCAUCAGAUCCUCCUGAUGCGCCAACCACCGGGCCUACCAUAGCCGCGAUAACAGGUAGUGUCUCGAGCGCCAUCAUCCUAGCAGCGUUCAUAGUUCUAUGUGUCCGAGCCUAUAAGCGGAAGAAGCUCCAGGAGGCCGCACGUAAAGAGGUUAUAGUUAUACCUGAGGAGCAGCACGAGGACAAUGACAAGCAACCCCCGCGACGACCAGUCCCAAGCGCGAUCGAUACUACGGGACAUCAACUUCAUGAUCUGAACAAAGGAACCGGACCUGUCGCCGGGGACGGCUAUGGACGUGGAUAUGGUAAAAGGGAUGAAGACUUAAGUACCGGCGCAUCAACAGACGGCGCAUACUUCAUGCCCUCCACACCCGCUCUCGAGUCCGGCACCCGUCUCCGUCAUCCUGACCACUCCGCGCGUCUCACGACAGCUUCAUUGCCAACCUCUGAAAGUGACACCCUGUACAACAAACUAAUGGACGAAGUCCGCGGCGGCCCUUCUGUGCCAGUAGCGACCCCCUCGCCAUCCAGCCCGCCUCCAUCCGCAACAAGUUCGUCAGUCCAGUGGCGAGGAAAUCCCCUGAAACCCCUGACGCCGUCGGCAGCAUCCACCGGCCAGUUCAAUUUCGAUUUCAACGCCAAGCCCAGCGUGUCGAGCCCAACACCGGCUGCCCGUCCCGAAGCCACCCUUGGUGAUCGUGCUUGGCACAGGCGCAAGGUAUCUACGACGUUCCAGCCACCGGCCAGCGGACCUCCUUCUAUACCGCUGCCCCCUACGCCGCCUCGACGACAGCAGCAGCAGCGGGCUCUUGACUCGGUGCACUUCACUCCUACGCCCGCGUCGAGGGUAAAGGCUAGUCUUGGCCAGCAUGAUGAUAGCAAGAAGAAAGAGGGUACUCGCGCCGCCGCAUUGCCUACGGCAUUACCCCUUGGGCUCGUGGGGCCAGCGGGCCAGGAUUCGGGAACACUAGCGCCACCGCUGAAGGACUCCCCUACGAUACCGCGAACGCAGAGGGAUUUUCAGGAUUCUCGACAAGAAGGCUUAGUAGGAACUGGACAGGAAACGAGCGGAGAAGGAAUAGGAGAAGCGGGAAUGCAGCUGUUGCCGCCUAGCACACCCGCGGGACAAUCUAACUCUCGAUCGAACAGGGAUACGAUCUACACGGUGGGAGAAGAAGAAGAAGAAGAAGACUGGCCUGUCAACGGCAGUGGUGAGGCAAAAGGACCGGAAAUUUCGCCUGUAUCGACGAAUACGGUUGGGACGAGUAUUCUGUUCCCAUCAGAUGAUGAGAAUUAG